UUCCGUAUUCCUUUCAAAGGGAGGAAGAGAGAGAAAGAUAGAGACAGAGAGAGGGGCGGCUCCAGGCAGAAACGCGAACGCUAGCUACUCCUCCCUUUCCUCCCAUUUAUUAGGGUUUAUUUUUUAUCGUUUCUGCAUUUUCCCGCCACAUUCACCAUCUCUUUUUGAAGAUCUUUUGUUCGAUCAUUUAGCUAUUCAUCAUCGUUGCUUGAUUUUCCAGAUGACGACUAGUCAAGGAGGAGGAUCGUCGAGGAGAAGCCUGUCGUCGACCAGCUCCUUGUUGCAGACCAAGAAGAAAACAGCGGAGAACGAAGAAGGGGGGUUGGGCGAUUCAGUUUCCCGAAAGUCUUUUUCUGCGGUUCGCUCCAUAGCACUAACAGGAGAGCGGACAGUGAAGAGAUUGCGGCUGUCAAAAGCCCUAACUGUACCUGAUACAACAACUGUAUAUGAAGCCUGCCGUCGUAUGGCUGCCCGUAGGGUCGAUGCAUUAUUGCUUACAGACUCAAACGCAUUAUUAUGUGGGAUCUUGACGGAUAAGGAUAUUGCAACUAGAGUAAUUGCUCGUGAGCUUAAUAUUCAAGAAACACCUGUUUCUAAGGUUAUGACAAGAAAUCCAGUUUUUGUACUUUCUGACACUCUUUCUGUUGAAGCCUUGCAGAAAAUGGUACAAGGAAAAUUUAGACAUUUACCUGUUGUGGAAAACGGGGAGGUCAUUGCUUUGCUUGAUAUAGCAAAAUGUCUCUAUGAUGCUAUUGCUCGCUUGGAAAGGGCAGCUGAGAAAGGAAAGGCUAUUGUAGCUGCCGUUGAAGGCGUUGAAAAGCACUGGGGUGCAUCUGUGUCUGGCAAUACAUUUGUUGAAACACUGCGAGAGCGGAUGUUCAGACCCUCCUUGUCUACAAUUAUUCCAGAAAAUUCAAAGAUUAUCACAGUUUCACCAAGCGACACUGUUGUAGAGGCUUCAAAGAAAAUGCUUGACUUUCGAAUGAGUUCUGCAGUUGUAACGGUAGACGACAAACCACGUGGAAUUCUUACUUCAAAAGACAUCUUGAUGCGAGUCAUAGCACAAGAUCUUCCCCCUGAGUCGACUCUAGUGGAGAAGGUCAUGACCCCUAAUCCAGAAUGUGCAAGUGUUGAUACACCUAUAGUUGAUGCUUUACAUACAAUGCAUGAUGGCAAAUUUUUACACCUCCCUGUUGUUGAUAGAGAUGGGGUAGUUGUUGCUGUUUUUGAUGUGAUUAAUAUCACUCAUGCAGCUAUUGCCACGGCAGGAAAUACUACUGAAGUAAGUAAUGAGGCUACAAACUCUAUGAUGCAAAAAUUUUGGGAUUCUGCCAUGGCACUGACCCCUGAUGAUGAUGAAGAGACACGUAGUGACAUUUCCCUAAAAAUGGCUUCUGAAGGAGGAGUGGAGACAGGAAGAGCUCUUCCAAUUCCUUCAUCAAUCCUGCCAGCUGCUUUUGCAUUUAAGAUUCAAGAUAGAAAGGGAAGAAUGCACAGGUUCACAUGCGAUACUCAAAGCAUGACAGAUCUCAUUGCUGCAAUUCUUCAGAGAAUUGGUGAUGACAUUGACCGGAACAAGCUUCCUCAGAUUCUGUAUGAAGAUGAGGAUCACGACAAAGUCGUACUUGCAUCAGAUAGUGAUCUUGUUGCUGCUAUUGAACAUGCAAGGUCAGCUGGUUGGAAGGGGCUAAGGUUGCACCUAGAUUAUUCUGCAUCACGUAGGCGGGAUUCUGGUUAUAGUAGCACAGACUAUGCUCAAGCAGAUGCAUGGGCAUCGGCAUACAAAUCUGUGGCAGCUGGUGCUGCAUUAGUUGCUGGUUUAGGAGUAUUUGCUUUCUUAAGAAGAUCGGGUAAUUGAUUAUCCCUUGGAGCAAUCAGGUUUGGCUGGCUUUGUGGACAAAGAUUGUGCAAUUCACGUUGAUUGGUGAGCUGUGCAAUGUAAUUUGUAUUUGUGGGCGGUUUAGUAUUUAAGGUGUUGUCUAUAUUACGGAGUACAUUAUAUUAUAAAUUUAUAGUGCAGUGCUACUCAGCUUCUAUACAUUAUUGGUUACUGAAUAAAGUUGUCUUCAACGAAUGAACUGGCAUGGUUUGAUAAUUUUUGUGCCAGUAGUGUUGAGAAUUUAAGAUACCAUGGUGAAUUGGUUCCACCUUUUUCAAUGGAACUUUGGAUCCGUUAUUAUUGUAAAUUGCUACAAUAUUUUAUUUUAUUAUUAUUAUUAUUUUUUCACUUAA